AUGGAUGAUCAAGAAACUGAAAGACAACAUGAGAUUGUUCCUCGAAAAAUAUCCUUUUUGGAUUGUGCAGAAGAUCAAAUAUCCUCAGGUGCUAAAACUGGUGUCAUUGCCGUUAUUGAAAAUGAACUAAAUGAGAAACAAAACGAUAUACAUCUUUCCAUAUCCAAUGAUCCGUUGAAAAAUGAUUUUACAUUGUUUAAAAUAUACAAGAAUUUAUUUGUAUUAUCAAUAUCCUUUGUAUUAAUGUUCACAGCUUACAAUGGUGCAGCAUUAGUUGGUCUUGCUGCAGCUCCACUAUGGACAGCCAAGGCAACAUAUUUAAAUAAACUUGCACAAUAUCAUGCCCAACAUCACAAACAAGCGGAAGAAAUAUCUGUUAGUUUAUUUUUUGGCAUUUUUUUCGCUUUUUUCGAUCAAAUACGUUUAUCUAAAAAACAACCACUAAAACAAUCACUUAAGAAAAGUCUCGAAGUAAUAAUAUCAUUAACAAAAUGGCAACAUAUUGAUCAGUUAUUUCUGAUACCAGUGACAAUGUGGUCUACAAUUGAGACAGCAUUUUUGACAGCACAAUUUACUCGAGGUUUUGUAACGUGUCUGGCUGGUAUUCGAUACGUUGGUUUGAUUAUGGUAUGUGCUGGUGUUUCCCAGGCGAUUAGUAGUUAUGUCUUUGGUCGCCUAGUAAAAUAUACCAGUCGUCUAUUUUGCCUCAUUGUGGCAUUCGUAUUGAAUUACGGAACGAUUAUACUCAUGUUUUUAUGGAAAGCUAAUCCUGAUCAACUGUUUCUACUUUUUAUUAUUGCUGGUAUCUGGAAUGUAGCAGAUGCUAUCUGGCAAACGCAAGUCAUAGCUACCUAUACUGUCCUUUAUGCUGAAAGUGAUCCGACAGUGUUAGCAAAAUAUCGUCUCUGGAAAAGUGUUGGCUUCGUUGUCACGUACGGAUUUGAUAUGUUACUUGAUCUUGGAAAUUAG